AUGCACUGUUCCCCGCGACGCAUCUCCUCUUCCCUGUUCCACCAGAUCCUACCACAACCAGCUCUGCGUAGCCCCCCAAAAGAAGCCAGGCUUCGCAUGGCCGUUGAAGCCAUCGGAAAGAACAAAAGUCUCAAUAUCCGGGCCGCAGCCAGACUGUACAACGUUCCGGAAGCAACGAUUCGCCACCGACGUACUGGCCCGUCUCCACGACGCGAUUUACCAGCCAACUCGCAUAUGGCCAACCACCUGCUCCGCGAACGCGAUGCGCCCCCUGUCGGCAAGCUCUGGGCCCACAACUUUGUCAAGCGCCAGCCACAGCUCCGUACGCGUCGUACGCGUAGAUACGACUACCAGAGGGCCAAGUGCGAAGAUCCAAAGGUCAUUGGCGAGUGGUUUACGCUUGUACAGAACACUAGGGCCAAAUAUGGGAUUGUCGAUGACGAUGUCUAUAACUUCGACGAGACUGGGUUUAUGAUGGGCAUCAUCUUCGCGGGUAUGGUAGUUACGACCUCAGACGGCCGUAGCAAGGCUAAACUAGCCCAGCCUGGUAACCGCGAGUGGGCGACUGUAACCCAGGACAGGCAUACGGUCGCCUGA